UUCUUUUUCUCCAUAGCUAUUGGCUCACCUUUCAAGCCCAUGGAAAGCUACCAGUACUCAGCUGUAGAGCGCAACAACUUGAUGAGGCUGUCCCAGAGUAUCCCCUUCACCCCUGUGCCUCCUAGGGGGGAGCCGGUGACUGUGUACCGACUGGAGGAGAGCUCCCCCAGCACUAUCAACAACAGCAUGUCUUCCUGGGCCCAGCGGGGCCUUUGUGCCAAAAUUGAGUUUCUCAGCAAAGAGGAGAUGGGUGGAGGACUCAGACGGGCCCUCAAGGUGCUGUGCACUUGGUCAGAGUACGACAUCCUGAAACCAGGAUAUCUGUAUAUAGUCAAAUCCUUCCUUCCUGAGGUGGUCCAAACCUGGCAAAGCAUCUACAAGGAGGACACCGUGCUGCACCUUUGUCUCAGGGAAAUUCAACAACAACGAGCUGCUCAGAAGCUGACAUUUGCCUUCAACCAAAUCAGGCCGAAGACGAUUCCUUAUUUGCCGAGGUUUCUGGAGGUGUUUCUGCUCUACUGUCACUCUGCCGGACAGUGGUUUGCUAUAGAAGAGUGCAUUACUGGGGAGUUCAGGAAGUUCAACAACAACAACGGAGAUGAGAUCGUCCCCACCAACCUCCUGGAGGAAACCAUGCUGGCCUUCAGCCACUGGACCUACGAGUACACCUGCGGAGAGCUGCUGGUGCUCGACCUGCAGGGGGUUGGGGAUACUCUGACAGAUCCAUCAGUUAUUAAAAGCAGUGAGAAGGGAUCCUAUGAUAUGAUAUUUGGACCUGCCAACCUGGGGGAUGAUGCCAUAAGGAACUUCCAAGCAAAACACCACUGCAACUCAUGUUGUCGGAAACUUAAACUUCAAGAUCUAAAGCGGAAUGAUUACACUCCAGAUAAGGUGACGUUCCCACAAGAAGACCCUUCCAACCCAGGGGGUGGCAUCAAAGAUUCCCGCUAAUAAAUGAGGGUGAUGCUGUGAUGGGUUUAAAGCAAGAGAGAGUUAGUGAAUGAUCACAAGGAGACACUGUUCUGAUUGAUUUCGGGCAAAGCCAAGGAGCAGAGAGGCUUUCCCAAUCAACUGGAAGAAUCACACAUUCCAUGAAAGCCAGUGAAUGCAGACUGUGUUGUGUUUUUGUUGAUCCCACCAAAAUGCUGUGUCAAA